AUGGCCCCCUCGCUGCGGAAGCACGUGGUGGAGGAGAUGGGCACGCGCGCCGCCAUCGAUAAGGGGCCAGGCAAGGCGCGCGAGGCCAAGAACGGCGGGGGGGAGGACCCCGCCAAGGACCAAAAGGGGCCGAGAUUCCAGUGGUGCAGGGCGGACCUCAGUCCCCGACAGCAUGCCGGACUGGAUUUUCGUCUCGCGAUCGCUGGCAGGACUGUGCGCGGCCUCGACGAGGGCCGCCCAGGGUUCAUCGGGCGCGCGCAGGGGGCCUUUUUCCCCUUCCGCCGAUCCCGUGGGAUGCCCCACCUGGGUCACCCGGGCAGUCGCGGGCUGCCAGGCGGCGCGCUGGACAUCGCGCGGCUGUCGGCCAGGACGCCGACGCGGCCGUCGUGGCGCUGA